AUGGGUCCUCCUAUACUACCAGCUAUUAAAGCUCGUGCGACUCGUCUUGCGAAGAAAAUCGGCAUCUCAUCCUCUCAAAAUAAAAUCCAGAAGCCGCAAGUGACCAAUGUAAAAGAGAAGACCCAGGCAAAGACCAGGGUCAAGGCGGUCGCAAAGGCAGUUGUAAAGGCAGUCAAUAAUUUGGCUGCACCACCAGUUAAUGUACGGAGAAGUGCGAGAGAAAAAUGUCCAGCACAACCAUAUGAUUGCUCAGUCAUUGAUUCUGGCAACUUAAUGGUUACCAAACCAAAGCCAAUAAUGAAUGGAAAGAACCCAGAUUGGGCCAAUCCUAAGAGCGAGCAUUGGAAUGUUGAUAAAUUUCUCAAAAACGACUCCAUGGUCCCAAAAACAAAUCUGGAUGCAAGACCACCCAAAGAUUUCCAAUUCAUCUCCAACAACUCCAUUCGAAAUUCUGAAACAUAUCGACCAGAUAAAUCUAACUACGUCUACAAACCAAAAGAGAAAGCGGCUCCAGUUCAUCCUAAGCUUCAAGCUCACAUCAAAAAGGGUACCGACACCAAACCUUUGCGGCAGUGGUAUGCAGAUUACGAGCCUGGUCAAAUCAAUCCUAUCGCUGGUCGAUUAUUUGAUGAAAAUCAAUUACCUCCCCCACAACUAAAACGAAAGAGACUUUUUCCUCUAUCAUACAGCGAAGAGCGUAUAGAAGAGAUCAUGAAGCCUCCCCCAAAGAAAUCUAGGCUCAUUCUUAAUAAUGGAUUAGAUAAAUCUGCUCUGAAGAAGACUGCUGGAAAGGCUGUCUCAAAGACCGCUCAAAAGGCUUCUCCAGAAAACAAUGGCACAGCUGCUAGCGCAGAAAUUGAGAAGAAAGUGAAAUUUGAAAAAGAAACGAAAAGUGCCUCUGAAGUCAGAGGAGAACGUCUUAUCAAAACCACCAAGAUGUUACCACGCAUUUUGAACUCAAAUAUUGUCAUGGAAAGACGUGAUUUUAACUAUAUACAGGAGGAAAACUUUCAUAAUCGACCAUCCAUCAACCUCGUCAUCCCCGAUCAUAUCAAAGCAAUUCUUGUUGAUGACUGGGAGAAUGUCACUAAGAAUCAACAACUUGUACCAUUACCCCACCAUAAAUCUGUCGAUCAAAUCUUGAAUGAUUGGCUCGAAUUUGAGAAACCAAAAAGACCUGUUGGCAGUGCCCAGGCGGACAUCCUGGAAGAGAUUGUCGCUGGUUUGAAGGAGUAUUUCGAGAGAUGCCUUCCUCGCAUUCUUCUGUACAGAUUUGAACGUCAACAGCACAUGGACUUCCGUGAAUUAUGGGAUGAUGACUCAUAUCCACAUAGCUCUGCAUGUGAUACCUAUGGUGCUGAGCACUUAUGCCGUCUUUUGGUCACUCUGCCUGAACUCAUUGCUCAAACCAAUAUGGAUUUACAAUCUGUUAAUCGUCUUCGAGAGGAACUUAGCAAGUUGACCAACUGGAUCGGCAAGAAUGCUAAAGAUUACUUUGUCACUGAAUACGAGACACCUGGCGCAGAAUAUGUUGACAAGGCUCGAAACCCCAAUUAG